GGACUCAUUCCAACACAAACAGUCGAGAGCAGAAAAGAAUGGCGCGGACUUAGUCGGAUGAAGAAACUAUUUUGACAACAACGUUUAGGCUUGGACCAAGGUCUUAACAGAAGGCGCUUAUUAUUAAGAAGCUGGCUACAAGAACAUACCAGGGAUUUCACCGGAUAAGCUUUGCGUGGGUUGAGUCACCACAGGAAAUACUUGAGUAAGGAACGCACCUGUAACUCACAGAGGGUAUUCAGAAAGAGUUGCCAAAAGUUGGUUGGUUAUCGUCGGAAAUGGUCGUUUAACACUUUCAAGGAUGGCAACUGAGCCAUAAUUUUGUGUUACGCAGUGUUUGGAGGUUGUUCCAAGCCAGAAUGACCACGAAGUCGUCAGUUAAAAGUGCUUAUUAGGUGGACAAUGGCUCUGGUUGUUUACGGGUAAAAUUGCGGACGGGUAAACCACAGAAUCCGGCUGAACUUUCCACUGAACGGUCACGAACAACUUUGUGUCAGAGAGAACCAAGAUGGCGAAGUGCUGUGCGAGUUGUUGGUACGAUCGCUGUUGUUGGUUCUUCGGGCUCUUCACGUCUAUAUUCGGAGGAAUCUCGAUUUUCUUCGGGGUCGGAGCUCUGAUGUACUGGAACAACCCCGACUUGAUCGACGAGUUUGCUAUCCCGAUCUGGGUCGGCGUUUUUUUGGUUUGUAUUGGAGGCCUCCUUAUGGCAAACAACAAGUGUAAAAGAUGGGAAGACAUCAACAAAGAGUACCUGGAGGAACUUGAAAUGAAACUAAUGCCAGAAGAGGAGAAGCCUACCACCAAGAGAGCUGAAAGUUUCAGUCGACUGUUUAAAUCCAUGUCUAAGUUGUCUCUUCGCGGCGAUGGAAAGAAUAAAGCUCCUCAGCAGUCUGAGAGACAGAUCUUUGACAGGCUGGACGUUUUGCGGAAGGAAAAAGAAAGUAGCAGUCGACAAGGAUCACCUUCUCCUUCAAAGUCUCGUCGCGACAAAAUCAGACAACAGGCAAAAUACGAACUGCUGAACGAGCAGGAAGACCAAAAACUACACUUGAGUCCGUCGUGGUACUCUGAUCUUAACUGUUUGACGGACGAAGAUAUGAAUAAGAGUCAAGAUAAGAUGAGAAACAAAAGGCUCAAGGCGACUCCCGAUUGUGUUAACGAUGAAAGAAACGGAAUGGGAAGUGAACAGCUUGGAAGCGAAUAUCAUUCGCCCGAUGAGUGUACCAGUGAGAAGCAAGCAAUAGAUAAAAGACGAGGUUCAAAGGUAAACAGGAGACACCGUGACACAUCUGGCAAUGUUGAUGAGUUUGAGAUGCUAGUAAUAGAACAGGACACCAAACCAGAUCAUUCGACUCCCACAUCAAGAAGAAGCCGACAAAAAAGAAAACAUGGAGCAAACAGCGACCAAGGAGAACGGCUUGGGGAUGACGAAAUUGUCUUGAAGUCUAGUGGUUUACGCAGGAAAGACAUGAGACCAGAGUACAGGCGGUCAUUUUCCGAAGGCUGUCGUGAUACAGGUAGCAUUUCGAACAUUGGUGAUGAGAGUACGACCGAAAAGAGACUCCAAAAUAAAAGACACCUUUCCUUGGAUCCUAAUGCCAAUGCAUAUCACGCGGCAGGCAACUUUCUUGAGGUACCUCGAGCGAGAGGAAGACGAAAGAAGCGGGCAGGAAGUGAUCUUGAGAUGAAAUUGGAAGAAAUGUACCGACAGGAUUCCAGAAGUCUUCCAGGAACACCAGAAGGACGACGAAGGGCGUCACGCCAGCAAACUGACAUCCCUCUCUACACGAAAAGUCUUCCCGGUACACCAGAAGCAAGAAGGCGCGUCUCAAACGCACUAGACUAUCAUGAUCAUGUUGACUCUACUACACUCAACUUCUACCAGAAGUCAAGUAGGUUUGGAGGAGUCAAACAGAAAUCCCCGAGUCAAAGAUCCGUGAACAGCAUGGCCGAAUAUCAGAAGCGAUCCCUUGAUAAGUUCAUGAUUCCUGCGUUUAUGGAACAGCAGGAUAGUGCCACUGAGCCUGACUAUUUUACCACUAAAAGCUUAGACAGAAAGCAGCGGAGAUCUCGACAUAGGUCACAGCCUUUGCCGAUGUCAGCAAAAACGGGAAGUAGCAGGGAACGCUCUAUCCCCGACAUUGUCAUUUCACAGGAAGGAAUCGGUAGCCAUCUUAACCCCGAUCAAAACAUGGCUGAGUCGCAGCAUUUUGCUUCGCCUAACGCAUACAACGAAAUGGCCGUACGACCAAAGGGGUCACCUCGUACUGGUUGCAUGCCUGUACGUUCUACAAGUCCUAAGAGGUCGCCUAGACAGUCACCUAUUCAAGGACGCCGGAGCACUGAGCCAGCACUGAGAGGACUAGAGUCUCUGAAGAGUUACAGAGAUUCUUUUGAAGCUGACGGAUACAGCAGUGAGGCGUUAGAGGUAGAUAUCUAUGACCACAUGGUGAGAGAAAGGAUGAGGAAAUUCAAGGGAAACAUCACAGAGCCCAAGGUCAUUUUCCCAACCCGCAAACGCCAUCGCACCUGUCCGACUGCGUCGCCUGCAACGCGCCGGCGGUACAUGGAUGAAAUACAGCGGUCGCCUUUCUUUGGCUUACAAGAAGCAGGAGAUGAUUUGGACAACGUGUAUGCCAACAGUUUUGCGCCAAGGAAGCAAAGCCUUCCGCCAUAUUUGAACUCGGACAGAAGACAACGAAGAACGCCGGGAAAACACAGAAAACCAAGCAUUCCAUAUCUCGAGUCAUAUUCCUCAGAGUCCGAGGGAGAAGAAGUAACCAGUUUGCUUGGCUCGAGGAUCGCGCUGAACUUUCGUGGUGGGAAGAGUUCGAGGACAGUUUCUCCAUCAGACUCCUUGGGGAGCCUCGGACGAAACCCUGCUACUCCACCAGAAUCCAAGAUGGCGGCGCGGAACAAGAAAGCAAAGCAUCAUGGGAGAAAUGUAGACGGGGGACUGAGCAUGUCGGAACCCACGCGUAAGAAGAAGGCUUGGUCUCCAAAGUUGGUGUCUGACAUGUAUGAAACUUCCGGACAAGAAAACAGCGCAACAGAGAGCGAAACCUUCCCACCAACGACAUGGGAGACCGAACCGUCACCAGGAAAAAAGAACAACGACUUCUCGAAUAAUGUAUACUCGGAUGAGGGCGAAAUCAGGCUUCUCUACCACUCAAAUAACGAGGAUGCUGCCUACGUGAAAAAUAAUGACGGAAAAGUGGGCAACUCGCGGGCACACGUGCUUCUCAACGACGACAAAGAAGGUGUCAUGGUAGUUAUGGUGAAGAGGAGAGAUACUUAGCUGUAAGGGGAGGGGGGUAGUGAGUUGAUACGGGAAAAGGGAAGAAAUUAAUUUUGCAACAUCUAAUCGUUGCAAUAUCAUUUCUGUAAAGACAUCUAUCUAUAACGGAAACAUGAACUUUUGGAUUGGAGACAAACAAUGGAGUAACUACCUCAUAAUCUAUACCAUUGUAUUUAUUGGUACCGGUAUUGGUAUUCAUAUCUUGUCGACGUGAUUUAAGCUUUGUUCAAAUUUGUUCAAAUACGUUAGGUUGCUUAAUUCUGUUAAAUACACCACGAUAAUACCAGUCUCAUAAUGUUAAUUCGCUGUUAGUUUCUUUGAGAUUACAUUCUGAGGUUGGUCUUUAUUGCUUUGCAAGCUAGAAUUAUUCAUUUGUAUCGUUAUAAUUUUUCUUGCUUGGAAAUAAAGGUAUGGUGACUUAUUCAAUUAGCUUGUACUUUGUACCGACUGGAAGUGCAGUAUUUCUCUGUUACGCCAUGAGGCGCUUUAACGCUAAUGCCAUACAUACAGACACUGGGCAAUCAAUACACGUAUGGACGUCCGAUGCAAUUUCAGGGUGGGAAGACAAGAA